AGGAUCCAGCAUCACAUGGGCGCCUGUUGACCCCAUCCCCGGUCAUUCCGCCUCCAGGCCAGAGCUUCGUGCAGGUCCAGUGUCUGGGCGUUUGCUGCACACCGAGAACCUCAAUGGGACCAUCUGCAUCCAUUUUCUCGCUAGCCAUCCAAUCCUUCCAACAAGCCUCAAGCUUGCUUGUUGCAUCUUCUUAAAUAGCUGGCCGCCCUGCUUGCUCGUGCGGAUUAGGCCUGAGACUGUCCUCUCCCCCAGCCAAAUCCUCAAGCUGGACCCCACCGCCCACCAUGUCAACCUCUGUCCACACAUCGGCGAGCCCAACUCACAGCAGCGCUCCCAAGGUCGCCCCGCAGGGUGGAGUGCUCGAGCAUGGCAAUCCUGUCCACUAUGAUCUCAAAAACCCCAUUAUUCUUUUCAUUAUCCAGGCCGGUAUCAUCAUUAUCUUCUGCAGAGCACUGCACUACCCGCUGUCGAAACUGCGUCAGCCUCGAGUCAUCGCCGAAGUUAUUGGCGGCAUCCUUUUGGGGCCCUCCGUUAUGGGCCGCAUACCUGGGUUCACGGCGGCCAUCUUUCCCACGGCGGCCAUGCCGAACCUGAACCUCGUCGCGAACAUUGGCCUUACUCUGUUCUUAUUCUUGGUGGGCCUGGAGGUUGAUCUGCGAUUUCUGGUCAGCAAUUGGAAGAUUGCACUGAGUGUUGGUUUGGCGGGCAUGGCCUUGCCGUUUGGCCUGGGAUGCGCAAUCGCCGUUGGGCUUUACAAUCACUUUCGACACGAGGAAGGCACGGUGCCAAUCGACUUCGGCGUGUACAUGCUCUUCAUCGGCGUGGCCAUGGCAAUUACCGCUUUCCCCGUUCUUUGCCGAAUAUUGACGGAGCUGAAACUACUGAUGACGCCCGUGGGCAUUAUCGUGCUCUCAGCGGGCGUUGGCAACGACGUUGUCGGCUGGAUCCUGCUUGCGCUUUGUGUAGCCCUCGUUAAUGCAGGCACGGGGCUAACGGCUCUAUGGGUCUUGUUGACUUGCGUGGGUUAUGUCCUUCUGCUUGUGUACGCCAUUCGACCCGCCUUCCUCUAUGUACUCCGCAGGUCUCGUGCACUGCAAGAUGGCCCUAGCCAGGGGAUUAUCGCCCUUACUCUGCUCAUUGCUCUCACGUCGGCCUUCUUUACGGGCAUCAUCGGAGUCCAUCCGAUUUUUGGCGCCUUCAUGGCUGGCUUGAUCUGUCCCCACGAGGGUGGCUUUGCCAUUAAAGUAACGGAGAAGAUCGAGGACUUGAUCUCAGCACUUUUCCUUCCUCUUUACUUUGCGCUUUCAGGUCUAAACACUAACCUUGGUUUGUUGGAUAACGGCAUGGUUUGGGCUUAUGUCAUUGGAGUCAUCUCCGUUGCAUUUUGUGCCAAGUUUAUCGGUGCUGCUCUGGCGGCUCGUGCCAAUGGGAUGCUCUGGAGAGAAUGCUUCGCCAUUGGUUCUUUGAUGAGCUGUAAGGGUUUGGUUGAGUUGAUUGUCUUGAAUAUCGGACUUCAAGCCAAGAUUCUCAGCACUCGAACAUUCACUAUCUUCGUUGUCAUGGCCCUUGUCACGACCUUUGCAACGACACCGCUUACCUCGUUCUUCUAUCCUCAAUGGUAUCAGAAGAAAGUUGAGGCAUGGAAACGCGGUGAAAUCGAUUGGGACACUGGCAACCCGCUGGGUGAUGUCCCAGAGAGUAUACAAUACGACAAACUUGAAAGCCAAAAGAUCAAGCGCCUCAUGCUAUACUUACGCCUCGACAGCAUGCCAACGUUACUGGCUUUUGCGUCCCUCUUCGGCGGAGAGCCUCAGAAGCAUGUCGCGAAGAGACAUCCUUUAAUCGAACAGACCUCUAGCCUCGGCAAAGAAACUGAACCAUCAGAAUCAAGCGAAGGUGCACCAAAACGGCCGAUCGAAGCAUAUGGUCUACGACUGCUCAAUCUGACAGAUCGUGGAUCUUCCGUCAUGCAAGUGUCCGAACUCGAAUCAUACACGGCUCACGAUCCUGUCGUCAACACUUUCCGCACGUUCGGCCGUCUUCACAAUCUAGCAGUCAGUGGCGAAGUCAUGGUGCUUCCGGAGUCCAGCUUUGCCGACGUGUUGACCGCGCGAGCUUCAGGGUCCGACUUCCUCCUCCUUCCGUGGAGCGAGACAGGCGGAAUGAGCGAGCAAGCAAUCAUCGAAGACAAGGGCACAAAGAAUAAGCUCACAGCCACCUCAUACGUAUCCUUCGUUAAUUCGGCAUUCGAGCAGUCUAUGUGCACAACAGCAGUCCUCGUCAACAAGAACUUUGGCGGGAGCAAGAACAAGAAGAGAAAGGGAGAAGGUAUCCGCCUGCGCAGAACAUACAGCAGUGUCAGCAUUUCUAGCAACAGAGACAAAGUCACGGCCCCCAUAGCAGACCGGAGUCAUCACAUCUUCUUCCCAUUCUUUGGGGGUGACGAUGACCGCGCUGCACUUCGGCUCAUUCUUCAACUAGCAGAGCAUCCUGAUGUCACGGCUACGCUGGUCCAUUUCGAGGUCCCUGAUGAGUUCUUAGAACAAGCUGAGUCUUCACAUAUCACCCGUUCAGCAAGUAAGACUGGCCAGACGACGGUCGUCACUGCAACGACAAAUAGUCGCGAACAGGACUCGGCUUUCUUCGCCUCACUACGCGCUUCUGUUCCGGCGGAACUCGCGAGUCGUGUCGUUUUCGAGAACGCCGCUUCAACGAGUCCUGUCAAAGAUGUCAUUGCUCGCGCGAGUAUCGAGGUCAGCCAGAACCCUAAGAAUGCGGGGGACUUGAUCGUCCUUGGUCGAAAUAUCUCCAGGAAGAAGCUUCAGACAGCAGGAGCCUCCAGCGAUGAGAUCGGGUCUACCUCUUCCGCUGCUACUACGUUAGGCUUACUGGCGGAAAAGGUUUGGGAGGCAAAGUUGGGCGCAAGUGUGUUGGUUGUGAAGGCAGGUGCUAAAGAGUAGAUUGGUAAGGAUACAGGGGCCAUGUGGUGGAUGUACAUUUUCGAUUCUUUGAACCUAUAUUUUGGAUGGCUUCGAGUAAGAUUUAGAGUCUACUUGGAUUUGGAUGCAGAUCGCAUUGGUUGUUUGGCGCACCCUCGUUAGUAUGUUUUGCAUGCAUGUACCGAUGCGUUUCAGAGUCGGGAUCCUAGCUGCAUGGAUGGGAUGUCUAUGAGCAGAUGAUCCCAGAUCCAGUUUUUCACUUCCACGCAUUUUCUGCCCAUAAUGUUGGUUAUCGUGAAACCAGAGACAAGAGAUCGCAUUUCGGC